CAAGGUUGCUGCACAAGCGGAAAGUCACCUUUUCGUGUGGGUCAGGGAGAAGCUAGUGACAGCGACACUAGCAUUGCUGCUACCGAGCUUCCAGCUCCGAGCGGUUGUCAUCUGCCUCCCACCCCGAGAUACUACCAUCAUCAUGGCUGCAUUGAGAGUGUCCUAUCACAGGAUUCUGGACCGAAUAGAGCAUAUACUGCCCGCCAAACUGAGACCCCUGUACAACCACCCUGCAGGUCCAAAAACGGUGUUCUUCUGGGCUCCGAUGUUCAAAUGGGGCCUGGUUGCAGCUGGUUUGGCUGACAUGACGCGGCCAGCAGAAAAGCUGAGUACCUCCCAGUCUGCAGUACUGACAGCAACAGGCCUGAUCUGGUCCAGAUAUUCACUGGUCAUCAUCCCAAAGAACUGGAACCUGUUUGCUGUCAACUUCUUCUUGGGUAGCGCCGGAGCCUCCCAGCUCUACAGGAUUUGGAGAUACCACCAGGAUCAGAAGGCUCAGGAGGUGGCAGAGUCCUGACCGUCAACAAUUAAGUGAAAGGACAACACCGGUUGAGCUGGCCCACAAAUCCCUCAUCAUUUGUACGUCAUCACGUCGCCGUUUCCACCUAACAUCCAUGCCAGCAACAUGAUCCGAUCGUAUUUCGUAUCCAGCUCCCUGCUGGAAAUGUGCACUUUCCCAAAAGUCUCAAGUUUCCUCAGGGUGCGUAUAUUUUAACAUUUAAAAAAAGUGAAAAAAGAUGGUCACCUACGCACAAGUAAUUACUUGUUUAACAAGUUGUUUGAUUGUACAUUUAGUUUUUAUCAUUAUAGGGUGUAGCAAUCAUUACCUCAUGCAAUCAUUUCCCAAAAAUGUAUGGUUUUGAAGAAUGUGUCCAUUCAUUGAAGGGCAUCAUCACAUUGCUCAUACUUAUUUAUAAUGCAGUUGUUCAAUUGUGAUUCAUUUUAAUGCUUUAAAUUUGUGAGAACAUAAUUCAUUGCUUCACUUAUCGUAAUGGUAAUUGCAUAACACCAUUUCUAUUAAACCUGUGGAGCUUGUAAUGCUCCACAAGGGUCACUCGCUAACACUGGUUAGCAAAUUAUGUUUGCUAUUAGGAAGUCUGUAAGCAUAUAAAUUAAUUUAUAAAUCAUAAACCCCUGCCGACUUAUAGUCACCUCACUGUAAUGGCAAUAAUCAAACUGUCACCUGAUCUGCCGAUUGAUGGAGCAAAUGGCACUUUGAGGCACUGUGGAAUUGUGAUGCCUGUUCUGAAUGGCUAAUAAACCCUGUUCAACAGAG